AUGACGAAGAGUUUUGGUGGCUUUGAAUCAGCAUGGGCACGUGUCCCGAAGAAGAGGACCCUCUUCCCGCAUUCCCUAACUCUCGAAGUUCCUGAAACACAAGCGGAGGCUGAGGAGAAACAUUUGAAGGCAUCAGAAGAAAAUGGCGGACUUGGCGUCUACGGGACGCGGCUUCCUGAACCGAUUUUGGGAAAGAACUUUCGUCUUCCGCCACGAGCUAGGCCACAUCUUAAACCUCUCAUGGAUACAUCCCUGUCCUAUAUUCCUGUCUACAUUCACCUCCAUAUUCAUCCAACUGUUGAAAUUGAACGCCCAAAGAUGCCAGAACUUCUUCUCAGAGCAAAACACAGGAAAUGCAUGAGGGACUUGAUAACAAAAUAAAUUCAUCU